AUGACCGGCGCGACGAUGCCCUCAGAUCGUGACGCCGAGCCGGCGCACCCGGCCUCGCUAUCAUCCAACAACCCCGACGAGAAGUCGGGCGUCGUCGCCGUCAACGCCUCGAGCCUGGAUAACAGCGACGCGGACAGCACGGGCAAGACGCAAGUCCCGUGGACGUGGAAGUUCGCCUCCAUCGCCCUCGUGACGGCGAUCGGCUUCGGGUCCCAAUGGAGCUCCGGAAUCUCGGGCGCCAUGAAGAGCACGAUCAAGAAGGAACUGAAAAUCGACAACACCCAAUUCUCCCUGCUCGAGGCCAGCGAAGACUUCAUGGUCACGGCGCUCAUGUUGGUCAGCGGUAUCGUCACGGACAGGAUCGGCGGUGCCGGCGCCAUGUUGUACGGCAACUUUAUCUACUCCGUCGGAUCCAUCCUCGUCGCGGCAGCCGCGCAGACGCGCUCGUACAAAUUCAUGAUCGCCGGCCGGGUGGUCCGCGCCCUGGGCGACAUCGCGACGCAGGUGGCGCAGUACAAGGUGUUCUCGUCAUGGUUCGCGCCGAGCAACGGCUUCGCGUCGACGCUGGGCUUCGAGCUGGGCAUCGGCAAGAUCGGGGCGUUCGCGGGGAAGUCGUCGGCCAACAUCAUCGCGAAGCGGACGGGGAACUUCGCGUGGGUCUUCUGGGUGGCCGUCUUCAUGAACCUGUUCACGAACGGCGUCACGGUGCUGUUCUACUGGUUCACCAAGGUGGCGCACAGGAAGUUCGAGGGCGUGCGGGACCCCGCGACGGGGGAGAAGUUGACGGAGAAGUCCAAGAAGUUUCAGCUGCGCAAGGUCCUGGAGCUGCCGUGGUCGUUCUGGGCGGUGAUGGCGUUCUCGCUGUUCGAGACGAGCACGGCGAUUGUGUUUUUGCAGAACGCUACUGAACUCGCCGAGCAGCGGUUCGGGACGAGCUCGAUUACGGCGGGAUGGUACAGUGCCACGUUGCAAUAUGCUGGCUUCUUUGUUGUGCCCCUUCUUGGCGUCUUCCUCGACAUCUUCGGUCAUCGAAUCUCUGUUUUGGCCUUCUGUGGUGUUGGCAUGUUCACAUCCAUGCUUCUGGUCUGCUUCGCGAACAACACGACCGGUACCGCAGCGAGUUUUGGCGUCUUUGCGUUCGCCUACUGCUUUGGACCGGCGACCAUCAUCGACAGCACUCGCACUUCGAUGUGGGACUCGUCCGUCUUCGGCUCAGCUUAUUCGCUCAAGAUCACCAUGAACAAUGCCAUGAACAUUGUCGUCCGCAUCAUCACGGGAGCGAUCCAGGACGCCGACAACAACUCGUACGACAAGGUGACGAUCGUGUACGUCAUCUUGGCCGGACUGUCGGUCAUCGUGUCCUUCGUUCUGUUCCUCCUGGCGCUGAAGUCCAUCGACCUCGGACAUCUCCAGUGGUCUCGCAAGACGCGCAUCGCGCGCGGCGAGGUGUUGAACGAGCAGAAGAGGAGGUUCCACGAAGAGAACGGCCACAAGAACAGAGUUAUUUCGAUGACCUGUUUUGGAGCUCUCAUCAUGUUGAUCGUGGGUAGUUGGUGUGGUUACUUCUGGGGUGUUGCGACGGGCAAUAAUGAAUAA